AAAAUAAGAAUAAAAGUAAUAACAGUAAAGAAAAUAAUAAUAAAAUUGAAAAUGAUAAAGAUAGUGAUAAUUCAGAUUCUAUUGAAUCUAAAGAUAAUAAAAGCAAUUCAGAAUCAGAAUCUGAAAAUGAUAGUGAUGAUAAUAAGGAUAUUUUAGAUGAAAUCCUUAUAAUCUUGGGAGAUUUAUUAGUUAAAACUAAAUGA